AGCGGCGCUACAAAGCCUUUCCUUUCCCAUGCUGACUACUUAAAGAAGGGUAGCUGCUGCCCCGACCUUUCCACGGUAUUCGUUUCUCUCACAACUCACUUUUGAUGUGGUGUGCUUGCAGUUGUUGACGUAUCGUUCGUCUCCUUCUUCCAUCCGCUUUCCUGCUUUUCUUGGAUCAUCUCGCUCGUUGCACGCGAUGAGAGGCAGCAGCGACUCCAUCAACAAGGAGCUCGCCCACUCGCUCUACCGCAGAAUGUUGAAGCUGGUCGCCGCAGCCGAGCACCCGCACACCCAACGCAUUGGGCACACACGCUGGGCGGAGUUCGUGCCACCGCGUGUGUGCAUCACGCAGGCGGACUCGCUGCGCGACGUCGUGCGGCGCUCCUUCGAGGCGGCGUACUCGACGACGUCCGUCCCAAGCGCCUUUGCGUUUCUCAAAGAGGCGCUCGAGUCCCUCUUCUCGGUGUGGGUGCUGGCAGAAUGGGAGCGGCUGGGAAAGAAGCGGCAGUGGGACCUCUGCGACGGGUUAGUCCUCAUGAGUGCGGCGCUCUACGGUGCACGCGUUGGAUGCGACACGCAGCCGGCUCUCCAGAAUUGUAUGAAAGACUAUCAGCUGUGCCUGCGCGCGUAUGUGCAAAACAUGGCAGACAUGGUGCGGCGGAAAAUCGACGUGCACGGCCUCGUGGUGGGAAGGGUUGAGGACUUGACGAGGUUUGUGUAUCUCGUGCGGGAGGAGAGCACGCUGCAGCGCCGCGACGCCACACCAGAGGACUUCAGCGUCGUCUCCCUCCUGCAGCACAACUGCGCAUCCGAGUACGUCCUCAACAUUGUCCUGCUCCUCGUGCUGCGCGCCGUCAAUGUGAACAGCACGGUGGUGGGCAGCGACUUGGCGUUUCGGUGGCUGCGUGUGAUGCCGCGGAACGGCGCGUCACCGCUUUUUGCCUCGUGGAGUUAUGGGGCGAUGCGGCGGAAAGAUGUGGAGCGGCACAUCCGCACGGCCGACACGCAGUGGUACCGCGCCGUCCCGUGGGACGCGCUGCAGUGCAAGAGCGUCAUUUGCACGCUGCUGCGGCGCCAACUUGAGUGCCUCCCCGACUCACCGGAUCCCCCUACGCAGCGGAUGAGGAGCACCUGCAAGGAGCAGGUUCUGUUUCUUCUCUCUUGA